AAAGUCAAAAUUUGGUAAACGUAAACGAAAACAGUCGAAAAAUCAAAACAAUUGGUUGAAAGGCUACGUGUCGAUAAAGAUAAAAUGUAAAUAAGGUUUUACUUAUUCACUACAAUUGUACAAUUUAAAUUUGAGAGUGUUCCAAGAAAAUGCUAAAAGCCGUAAUUUUAAUUGGAGGGCCACAAAAAGGAACAAGGUUUAGGCCUCUUUCGCUAGAUAUACCAAAACCUCUUUUUCCAGUAGCUGGUUUGCCAUUAAUUCAACAUCACAUUGAAGCAUGCAGUGCCAUAGAAGGGGUAAAAGAAAUUCUUAUAAUUGGAUUUUACCCCAUAUCCCAAAUCCAACCAUUUGCAACAGAAAUGCAACAUUUGUACAACAUAACAGUCAAGUACCUCCAAGAGUAUGUGGCAUUGGGUACAGCUGGUGGCUUGUACCAUUUUAGAGAUCAAAUUAGAUUUGGAAAUCCAGAGGCAUUUUUUGUAAUGAAUGGUGAUGUAUGUUCUGAUUUUCCCUUAGCUGAGCUUUACCAAUUUCACAAAGAAACAUGGGAGAAAUCUGGCAAAAAAGCAUUAGUUACAAUAAUGGGAACAGAAGCAACUAGACAUCAGUCCCUAAACUAUGGAUGCAUAGUUACAAAUAAAGAGACUUUGGAAGUGACUCACUAUGUUGAAAAACCCAGUUCAUAUGUGUCAACAUUGAUAAAUUGUGGAGUAUAUGUAUUUUCUCCUGAAAUAUUCCACACAAUAGGCGCAGUUAGUAUGAAACUCCAAGAGCAGUACAGCAAAAACGGAAACGGAAAUGGUAACAGAGAAGCCGGGUAUAUCCAACUAGAACAAGAAAUACUAGCUCCACUUGCCGGAUCUGGACAAAUAUAUGCGUUACCAGUCACAAAUUGGUGGUCCCAGUUAAAAACUGCCGGUUCAGCAAUCUACGCCAAUCGUCAUUACUUGCAGCUUUAUAAGGCAAACUUUCCAGAAAGAUUAUGUUCACCAGGAGGUAAUGAAGAACGGUGUGUAAUUUACCCCGAUGUCCUCAUAGAUAAAACAGCAUCGAUUCAUCCAACGGCUGUGUUGGGACCCAAUGUAAGUAUAGGAGCAGGUGUCACUGUAGGAUCCGGAGUACGAAUACGAGAAAGUAUCGUUUUGAAUGACGCAACGAUAGAAGAUCGUAGCUUAGUCCUACACAGUAUCAUCGGACGAGGUUCAAGAGUGGGUAAAUGGGCACGAGUUGAAGGAACACCGUCGGAUCCAGAUCCAAACAAACCAUUCGCUAAAAUGGAAAACCCGCCAUUAUUUAACUCCGAUGGAAAGCUAAAUCCUUCAAUUACUAUUUUAGGGUGCUCAGUGAGUGUUCCGUCAGAAACUAUUUUAUUAAAUUCAAUCGUACUUCCCAACAAGGAACUAUCAAGAAGCAUUAAAAAUGAAAUAAUUUUAUAAAUACAGAAAUUAAAACCAAGAUGCACAAACAACUUUUAUAAAAAUUUUCAAUUUGGAGUGAAUGUUAUGUUUUUAUCUUUGUACAAAUAUUUUUUAUUUUAUUUUUAAAGGUUUAUUUUUACUUUUACUAAUCAUUCCAGACUGAAUAAAUAUUGACUUCCUGAUA